AUGCAGCUUUUUUCUGGUACCAACUCGAGUGAUAAAAAAGGUACUGACUCCAAUAAUGAGCGUCCGUUAGAUCUGCCUGUUGAUGCGCCGUCCCUCCUUAGGGUAGAUCCUGUCGCUGUACUGCAGGGGCAUAGAGAUCGAGUUUGGUGUGUGUCUUGGUGCCCUUCAGCAAACGUAUUGGCUUCGUGCUCUGGUGAUGGGACAGUGAAACUGUGGAGCUGCUCAAGACGCCCAGGGAUGGACGAUAACGAAGAGGAUUCUCUCACAUGGAAGUGUAUUCAUACGUUGAAAGGUGAACACAGUCGUACCAUUCGACACGUUGCAUGGAGUCCUAGUGGUGGGUGGAUUGCAUGUGCUUCUUUUGACCGUACAGCAACUGUUUGGAAACGUUCUGAUGAUGACCCAGAGAGUUUUGAGUUUGAAUUGGAGGCCGUUCUUGAUGGACACGAGAGCGAAGUAAAGUGUGUAGCAUGGUCGACCGACGACACAUUAGCAACAUGUUCACGUGAUAGAACUGUAUGGAUAUGGGAUCGUGUUGAUGUUGGGGAGUUUGAGUGCGCUGGCGUUCUUACAGGCCAUGUACAGGAUGUGAAGGGGUGUGCAUGGAUCACUCCAAACGAAGGAGGAGAUAAGAAACCACUUUUACUCUCAUGUUCGUACGAUAACACAAUAAAGGUCUGGACAGAGUCACACCGACGAGAUGAUUGGUACUGUUUUCAAACCUUAACUAGACAUGAGGGGACGGUGUGGUCUAUUGCAGUGCAGCCUGUAAAAGAGUCCAUAGAGGAACUCUGCACAGAAGUCUCAAAAGAACAUAAUUUUCAGCCAUUGGUGUGCUGCUGUUCGGAUGAUGGUAGUGUCACAUUUUGGGCAAGAAACUCUGAAGGAAAGUUUCAGGUAGUAUGCACAGCCACAGGAUUUGCGGAGCGUUCUUUGUAUUCUGUUUGCUGGGCGCCAAGCAAAAACGACGCUUUUGUGGCUUGCGCUAGUGGAGACAAUAAAGUGACCAUUUUGGGUCUAUACCGUUCACCAAGUGAUAAGGAAGUGCAUGUAUCAGUCGUUGCAUCGGUUCCGUGUGCACAUGAGGCCGAUGUAAAUAGCGUCUCUUUUUCUCCUCUUGUUAAAAAAGAUUUAAAUGCAUAUGGCGAAGCGGAAGAGAGUUUUCUACUAGCCUCCGGAGGCGAUGACAAUAUGGUGCGUAUUUGGCGUGUGAAAAAAGCAUGA